ACAGCUUCCCUGAACGGGAGGACACGCAUUUGCGCAGAACCAGCUGUGAAGCAAAAACUCAGCCUACAGACAUGUUUGGGUUAAUGUUCAUCCUGAGGACGAGCAGGUCUCGGCCCUGCAGCCGGCUGAGUAUCCUGAAGGAACCCGUGCUCCACAGAAACUCCUCUAAAAUGUCAUCAGAUUCCCACUGGCUCAGCCCUGCAGACCGGGAUCAGAUGGUGAUGGAGCUCAGGGCAACAGGAUGGAUGGAAGUAGAGAAUCGGGAUGCUAUCUUCAAGGAACUGCACUUCAAAACCUUUAAUCAGGCGUUUGGCUUCAUGUCCCGAGUGGCCCUGCAGGCAGAGAAGAUGAACCAUCACCCAGAGUGGUUCAAUAUUUAUAAUAAGGUCCAAAUUACACUGACCACACAUGACUGUGGAGGGCUUUCUAAAAGGGACAUCAAAAUGGCUAAAUUUAUUGACAAAAUUGCACUUUCAAUGUAGUGUUUCCUCGCUUUAUCCUAAAGUGUAAUUUUAAAUAAUUGUUGG